UACACGCAAUCCUACAGGAUAAUGGAAACCGUCUCUUUAUAAUUCAAAGUAUAUAUUUUAUGCACCACCGAAAAGGCUGAGGUUACUUCAUCGCAAGCUAAAUUAUAAACAAUUUGUCAUUCGUGUAUUCGUAAAUAACAUUUCAUUAAGCAUGUCAGAAGAAAGGAACUAAUAGCUGCUGACACACCAACACAACUACCUGAAAAGGAAAACAAUGAAAAAUUGUUUAUUGUUGACAACACAAACUACACACCUCUAGAAUAAAACGUUAUCUAAAACUCAUAGCACGUCAUUAAACCAAAGUGUCUUUUUCCUAUGAGGAAACUCGACGUGUCAAAUCACAACAAAACAUUAAAUGUCAGUGCAUCACGUAACCACCACAACAUCACGUAACCACCACAAACACUACCGGUAUGGCACCUGCCAAAGAUCACUGCUCCCACCUUGCUGUACCUUUGGGCAAAGAUAACAAAUUGUUUUGAUAUACUCAAGGAGACAACGACAAUAAACAUAACAUCGACGAAAUCGUGCAAGGUUCAUUGUGUGUUUGUGUUGCUUGCCAAGUAACGUAAUAUGAAAUAUUACGUUUUCUUUUUUGUUUGUUUAUUUAUUCACAAUUCGCGUGGACUGCACGUAAAAGGUACCUGGAACACAAAAGAAUAUUUCAAAUUCCUAGUGAAAUAUGGCAUUCAGAAAACCGAUAUGCAUAACCAAAGAGACACUUCAGGUUAUAUAUUUGGGAACAUUACUUCAAAAAAUAAUUUUUCUAACCCGGUGACGUUAGCUGUACUUGACAGAAACUACUUUUUAGAAUAUUAUGGAAACAGAUCAAUUGAAAAUAAAGAUGUAGCUUGUACUAGGAUGUUUAAUAAAAUUAAUAAAUCAGCCUUCGAUUCUGUGUGCAAUAACGACGGAAAGAAUGAUUUUCUCCGGAAAGUACCUUGUCCGGAAAACAGCUUGUGUAAGGAUGAAGAUGCACCGUGGAAUGUCAUAAAAGGAAAUCAGCUGACGUUCGUUAUAGAGGAUCUCAAACAGCCAAGAUUUUGGUACAUCAGUCUAGUUGCAUGUUAUCGUAAUUUGACAACUUGUACCUGGCAUCACUUUCCAGAAGAAGCUGAACUGGAAUACGACUUAUGGCUUGUCAAUGGAAAUCCCAAUGUCACUGGAUUUACUUCCCUGGUGUACCAGUUCUCUUUUGACAAACAGGGAACAGUGGAGCUGUAUCUAGCAUUCUUUCUCUGCUAUAUGGUGCUUGUACCACUGCAGUUGUAUGCAGCAGUUAGACAGAGUCAUCCUGUCACCAGACUGUUCACUGUCAGUCUCCUGCUGGAGUUUUUGGGUCUCGGAUUUAUACUGCUUCAUAUAAUUAAGUUCUCACUCGAUGGCGUGGGUGUCCAGGAAUUAUCCAUAGCUGGAGACAUUUUUGAUAUAUUGUCGCGGACUAUCUUCAUGCUGUUGCUGCUGCUCCUUGCAAAAGGAUGGGCAAUUACAAGACAAGAAUUUACAUGGAAGCCUCUUGUCUUUGGAAUAUGGUUCUUAUAUGGAAUAGUACAUGUACUGCUGUAUGUGUGGAAUAUGACAGAAGUUGACAUUAUUGAAGAUAUUGACCAAUACCAGACCUGGCCUGGGUGGCUCAUUAUUGUGUUCAGAAGUCUUAUUAUGAUAUGGUUCCUUUUUGAAUUGAGGAGCACAAUGAGAUAUGAGCACAACAUCCAAAAACUUAAUUUUUUCCUUCACUUUGGAGCUUCAGCUCUUGUCUGGUUUAUAUAUUUACCAGUUGUUGCAUUAAUUGCACUGCAAGUCUCAACACUUUGGAGAUUUAAAUUGCUUCUGGGUAUCACAUACUCAGCAGAUUGCCUUGCUUUCUGUGUGAUGACACAUUUGUUGUGGCCCACACGUAGUGAGCAAUAUUUCUUAUUGGCUGAAGAUGUGGAUUUGACUGAUGAAUUAGAGGAAUUCAAUGAAGCACCUCACAUUAUCAACAGCACAAAAGUGCUCGGCCACCACCUUCUGCCACAGCUUGAUAAGCAGACUGACCAUGCAAAGGUCAUUGCAUGAAAUUUUGUGUACAGAUAUUGAAAUGUGAUUUUUAUAUUUAUUUACAAUGUUUUUAAACAUUUUGUAAAGAGCGGGAGUACAGGUGGUUAACAGUGUCUGUAAGAAUUUACUGUUGACUUUAUUUCUGAAAUCUUGGUUUUGCUCUUCAGUGUAGGAUUGACCAUAAUGAUAACACUAGACUUUAAUUCAGAAGCAUGUAGGUAAGAAUAAACAGAAUGAGAAAUAGUUAAAACUGCAUUUCAGGAAAAAGCUUAUAGUAGGGAAAUUCUGCAAUAGUUUAUAGAAUCAAGCUUUGGGAUUGAUUCCGGUAUGUUGCUGGAUUUUACCUGAAGUAGGGAAAAAAUAUUAGGAGAGACUUAGUCUGCAGAUUACCUCAAUGCUUGCUUUGUUAACAGUUAUUCAUUUUUCACAGACUUUAAAACAAAUUUUGUCUUAUCCAUCAUGCCUAUAGGAAUGAUUUAUACAACGAACAAAGAAAACUUGGAUGUACAGAUUUGUAAUGAAAUGUGUAGUAUUAGUAUAAGCCUCUGUUUUCUUUGUUUCUAUUGUGAGUGAAGCUUAGAAUAGCUUAUACAAAAGCAUCUUUUCAGUGCUGUCAAUCCCUAACAUAUUCCAUAAUGUUAAGUCAUUGUUUCCCCUCCACCUGUAUUUGUAUUAACUACUUUUUUCCUUCUUUUUUUUUUAAGAAAAAUAAGUAUAUAAAUCAAAUUUUAUAUUUUACGCUCAAUAUUGUUGUAGUAGGUCACAAGAAAACUGUUUUUAUGUUGAGAACUGUAAGUUCUCUCUAAUAUUAACACAUCAUUUGUGUUGGAAUGUUAAAGUGUACAGGCAUUAUCCAUAGUGAUGUUUGUGUACUAGUAACAGUGUGUUUGUACAGUGUCAAACAUCCUCAGUAACCGAAGAAGUGAUAGUGGGUGCCAAAGCCCAGUUUCCUUUCAUAUGAAUGGCACUUUAUUAAUCGUAGCAUUUAAAUAGUAUUAUUGUUUUUUGUUUUUUUUUUUUUUAUCCUCAUAAUUCAGUAAAGAACACAAAUUAGCAGGGUUACUUGCUGGGGUGUAAAACUUUUUUUAUUAAUUUUUAAACUUUUUAUUAUGUAUGUGAUAGUUUUAACAGUAUUAAACUGUGAAUAUACUGUUGUAUGUAAAUAUCUCAUAAAGUUUACACAUUAUUGUGCUACCAUUUUCACUUUUUCUUGUAAUCAUUGUGAGAUAUGAUGCUAAACUAUCUGUACUUCCAUUCUGAGAUAUGAAAAGAAGAUACUGAGAAACAAAUUUGAUAUUGUUACAAGUGUUCCUAUAUGCUGUAGUCUUAUAUCUACAUAUUUUCACAACUACAAUUCUCAUGUUCUGUGAAUUGAACAUAUUGUAAUGUAAAUAUGGGCCCGGUUGAUAUAAAAGGUCACAUUAGGCUGUGUAUUGUGAGUUUUUCUGCAGUAAUUUUUUAAAAACAGAAAAAUAUAUCAUUAUUUUGCUA